AACCCUCCCCUCCUCCGCCUUUCUCUCCCCCAUUCGCGUCGCGUCUCCACCCCACCCGGCCUCCCCUCUCCUCCUCCACCUCCCCCGUGUCGCGAGAAACCCUCGUCCCUUCCUCUCCUCCCUCGUCCCUCCUCCCAUGGCGGAGUCGCCCGAGAACGCCGCCGCGGCGCCCGCGCCCGCGCCACCCGCCGCUCCCGCCCCGGCCCCGGCGCCGGCAACGAAGCCGUCCCCGCCCACCAGGUCCGGGAUCCCGCCGCGGUACGACCUCGACGCCAAGUGGGACGCCUGCCUCGACCUCUCCAUCCGCCGCGUCGCCUACUCCUCCCUCGCCGGCGCCUUCGGGGGCCUCAUCCUCUUCCGUAGCCCAACAACCCGCUGGGCAUCAGUUGCCCUUGGAGCUGGCGUGGGGAUAGGGGCUGCGUUCACUGAAUGCUCAUACAUAUUCAAUGGUUCUCCUCCAAAGUGGUCGGCCAAAGCUUCGACUGUUCCUGCUCAUUCUGAAGGGGGAGACAAUUAAAACACUGUCGGGCGGGAUGAGUAGCCCAAUCUUGGCGGAGUUUUGGAGUGCUUGCUGAUUGAACUUAGCUGUUUCGUGUCUGAUGAUAUCGCCACUCGUCAUAGUAUGUCCUGAAAGUUAGCAUGUGCCCCCUCUCGUGAAUUUUCUUCACACAUUACGCGGAAACCAUUCCUGACUGAGGUCUGAUGAUAUGACCCUAUGGCUCCGUAAGUUCGGUCUGUCCUGAGGUUUUAUGUCUGGCAAUAAAUUUUUGGUCAUGUGAACUUGUUGUGUAAUGCUCUGGCGCUGUUACUGUACGUUAUACUACUUGCCAUCUUGGUGGUUUGAUUGUA